AUGGCCCCAACAACCACACCUAGAAUCCGUCGCACGGCACAGAAUACGCAGUUUACGUAUAAUCUGUCGCGCCGCGUGAACGAUGUCCAAACAUACCCCAUCCAGUCUCCUCAGGGAGCUACCGUACUGAUCUACGGACACGAUAACGGCGUUACUUUGGUCUGGCGAGGCGGCCGACGAUUCAAAGCCCCCAAGGAGGCGCCACAACAGACAAACCAGAAGGAGCAGAGAAACGGAUCUACUGAUGAUGUUGUCAUGAUUAUUGAUUCGGAUGACGAUGAGCCGCCGGCAAAGUCACAAGCUGCCCAAGGCUAUGUCGACAAGCCCGAAUUCGAAGAUGCCGUUGAAAAGACGCCCUACCCCGAGAUUGUCCAGACACUGGACCUAGCCUUCGGAACGGCUGUAUUGAAGGUUGCUGUAAUGCCUCUAGUACCUUGCUCAUCAGCUGAGGCGGGCUCUAAUGGCGAGCCAAUCUUGGCCGAAAAGAUGGUAUUUGCGGUUUCAUGCGCCACAAAUGAUGUCUAUCUUGUCACGCUACCUCUGACGCCGCCAUCGCCCGAAAGCAAGGCAAGGCCAGAAUUAAGAGCGGACCUCUUGGCUGGAAAAGCUGGCUCUGGCUCCUGGGGCGAGUCACUGACUCUUCUCGGUGGCCAAACAAAACACAGCGAGGGAUUGGCCAUCACUAUGGUUGCCCCAAAGAGUGUCGAUUCAUCAAGCAAGUCUUCCAGAGCUGUGGUGGCCGCCUUCUCAAGACAGGCAUCGGGUGUCUUACAUUUGUGGGAUAUUGCACUGGACAACAGGUCACCCUCCCAGCGGCCCGUCGAGCCCUUCCAAAGCGAAUUCCUACCUGCUCCCCUGACGAGCAUCUCAUUUAACCCUACAAAUACAACCCAGCUCCUUGCGGUGUCAUCGCCGCAUGCUGUAAGGAUAUAUGACUUUGCGCAAUCUUCGUUGCCCCCCGACCCAGAGGCCCGCGGCCCCUUCCCCACCCAAGGCUCAUGGCUUCUCUCAUUAUAUCAACCAUUUACUAAAACAUCUUCGUCACGAAAGCCGAUAUUGGAUGCUGCAUGGAUAGCACAUGGCCGAGCAGUCUUUGCUCUAUUGGCGGAUGGCAUGUGGGGUAUCUGGGACAUUGAAGGAGCAAAACCGCUGCAAUCGGGAGCUGCAUUGUCAAGCAAAUUGAAAUCGGGUGUUCAGGGGGCUGCAUUGACUGCCUUCAGUGUUUCGGGGUACGUUGAAGGAACUGGCUCCCUUCGCACCAUCGCGACGCAGCAGAAGGAGAAGCAUGCCGGUGAAUUUGCGCCGAUGACGCCUCAUACCCGUAAACAAGCCGCUGCAACCCUGGCUACUACCACCGCGGCAAGUGUUGAUCGGCUAUUCGCUGUCCGCGGCGGUGUCAAGGUUAUCGGACUUCCUUACACCCCCGGCAAGGCACUCCAAGACGAAAGCUUGGCUCUAUGGAUAGGAAGUUUAGAGCAUGUCUGCGUCAUUCCGGGAGUGCUAAGAUUCUGGGAUUCACAACUUCGAAGAGGAUCUGGCGGUGGAGUUAACCUGUUCAGUGGUGCCCAACCUACCAGAAUGGUGAAGCUGGUUGACCUUACCACAGGGCUUUUGGGAGAAAGAUGCUGUGGAGUUGGCCUAAUCCCAGACUCGUCAAAGAAUGAUGAUGAUAUUCCCGAUGAUGGUGGUCUUCCGGUUGAUGUUUUGAUUCGAGGAGAGUCGAGGAUAGUCAUUGUGCGAGAGGGAGAAGAUGGUCCUGGAAGAAAGAUUGGAGCCGUUGUUGCUAGCCACAGGAAACGUCUGUUCUCGAGGAAUGAUAAGGAGGCAAUCAUUGUUCACGGGAAGCCGGAUAGAUCGGCAAGCCUGUCCUUCAACCUGAGUACUGUGAAGCCCGGAACGCUGAGGCUGAAGCCGUCUACCAGAGACGAGCUUGAUGGGAAUGGAAACGGGAAUGGGAACGGAGCAAGUGAUAGGUCGGAUGAUGCGCCAACCCCGACAACUCGGGCGCGUGCCGGCUUUGGAUUCGCCGACACCUUGAGCGCAGCGGCAGAUGUCAGCGCUGAUUUCACUACUCGAGAUGUGGAAGCGGAAAUGCUCGACAUCAUGGAGAUUGACCAAGCCUUGAACAACUUGGAAGAUUAUAGAGGCAGCGGAAGGAAGAAGGUGUUUUUCGAGGAGGACUGA